AGGUACCUACUACAAUAAUAAUCUAUUAGUGUUUUUUUUUUUUUUUUUUAUUGUAAUAUCUUCAUCAAAUUUGUGCCGUUUAUUUCCAAAUUUAUUUUGUGGAAUACUGUUAUGAGUAAUCCUAAUCAAAAUAAAUGGAGAGGUGGCAGAUAUUGGAAAAAAUAUAUAAAUAAAAAUAAUCAACUAAAAAAUUCUAGUCAUGUUGAAUGUAAUGUGAAUAUUAAUAAUGAACAUGUUCAAGAGUGUCCAUUUCAUGGAUGGCAGCUUUAUUUUCCAAAUGAAAAAUAUGAUGAAAAUAGCUUAACAGUAAAAUUUAUUUUUGCUUGUUUACUAUUUUUAAAUACACACGAACAAAAUAUUUCUAUUGAACAACUUGUAGAAAAUAAAUCAUAUCUCUUAAAUGUAGAUUCUUUAAACCAAGAUGAAGAUUUCACCUCUGUCUGGUUAUAUUUUUGGAAUGAUUUAACAAACCGCCCAAAUUACACAUUGAAAUGUUUAGGACUUGCUAUUCAUCAGUAUGCAUUGGAAGAAUUAAAUAAAAAUAUUCAAGAUAACUGUACUAAAUUCAAAAAUUUACCAAUGAUUCAUCCCAGAGUUAUAAAUUUUGGUCCAAUUUUUUAUUUGAAAAAUUUAAGAGCAGAUACUGAUGGAAAAUUAAUUUUAGUUCAUGGGACUGUAAUAAAAGCCAGUAGUUUGAAAUUUCAAUGUUUAUGGUUAGGAUUUAUGUGUAAUACUUGUGGUUCAAUUCAAAAUAUUAAACAACCUGAUGGUUUAUUUUUAAAACCAAAACAAUGUAGUAAUACUACAUGUCGUGUCCGAUCGUUUUCUAUUUGUAGAAAUUCACCACUUACCCAAACUAUUAAUUGUCAAACUAUUAGAGUUCAAGAAUUACAAAGUGAUGACCAGAGAGAAAGUGGAAGAGUACCCAGAACUGUUGAGUGUGAACUUACAAAUGAUUUGGUUUAUACUUGUAUUCCUGGAGACGUUGUUACUAUUACUGGUAUUGUGAAAAAAAAAUUAUGUAAUUCUGGUAAACAAUAUGCACAAAGCAAAGAAUCUAAUAUUUUUAUGCAAUAUAUUGAAGUAGUAUCUAUACAAAAUAAUAAAAACCAGUCUAAAGGAAAAGUUACCAGUACUGCAUUUCAAUUUACAAUGAGAGAUUAUUAUUGUAUCCAAAAACUCCAUUCGAAACCAUAUCUUUUUGAAUUGAUGGUGAACUCAAUAUGUCCGGGUAUUUAUGGUCAUGAAAUGGUGAAAGCUGGUACGUUGCUUUCUCUUUUCGGUGGAAGUAAUUGUACUUCAAAUCAAACACGUGGAGAUAUUCAUAUUUUAGUCAUUGGUGAUCCUGGUCUUGGAAAAUCACAAAUGCUUCAGUCAGUAUGUAACAUUUCACCACGGGGUGUGUUUGUUUGUGGAAGUACAUGUUCAUCAGCUGGACUAACUGUUAGUUUGACUCGAGAGAAAGGUAUUGAUUUUUCUUUAGAAGCUGGAGCUGUUGUUUUAGCUGAUCAAGGUGUAUGUUGUAUUGAUGAAUUCGAUAAAAUGACUCAAGAUCAUAAUACAUUACUGGAAGCUAUGGAACAACAAACAAUAAGUAUUGCUAAAGGUGGAGUUAUUUGUUCUUUACCUUGUCGAACAACUGUAAUGGCUGCUGCAAAUCCAAUUGGUGGACACUAUGACUGUAAUAAAAGUGUAUUAGAUAAUUUGAAAAUGAGUCAAGCAAUGUUAUCCCGUUUUGAUUUAAUUUUUUUAUUGAUAGAUACACCCAAUGAGUUGACUGAUAAACAUCUAACUGAACAUGUGCUUAAUAUACAUACAAAUAAGAUGAAGCAAACUCAAAAUAUGACCAAUUCUGAUGAAAUAAAUAGUUCAUUAAAAGAAAGAUUUUCACAAUUUAGCAAAAGUAACGAUUAUAUUUCUCAAGCAGAAUUACGUAAAUAUAUAGCUUAUGCGAGAAAAUAUGUUUCGUCUCCAACUCUGUCAAAUGAAGCCAAAGAAAUGUUGCAACAGUUUUUUAUUGAACUACGUACUAACAAUUUAAGCUAUGGUAUUCCAAUAACUGUAAGACAAUUAGAGUCAUGUAUUAGACUUGCACAAGCACGUGCUAAAGUAGAACUUCGAGAAGAAGUGACUGCAAAAGAUGCGUAUGAAGUAAUUGAAUUAAUUAAUUUUAGUCUUGUAAAAACUCAAUGUGAUGAAUUUAGUGGAUUUGGAUUUAAGAAAAGUAUAAAAAAAACAGGAAUUCGAGCUCAAUCAAGGAAAUUAUUAGCUGAAUUACAAAGACAUGGUAAAACAGAACGAAUCUUUAGUAUGGAUCAAAUGAAGCUAUUUUCAAAACAGUUAAACAUUGCUACUUUUGAUUUCUACAAUAUAAUAGACUUAUUGAACAAUGAAGCAGUUAUAAUUAAAAAAGGAAACAAUAUGUAUGAAUUAAAAGUUUAA